CUAUAUAUCCCAAACCCAUAUAUUAAUUUCCUGCAUCAUAAUUACCUCGUACUUAUGUUCUCUUCAUUCACUCUCUUUUCCAUUUAGUUUCUCUGCCACAUACCCUUUUGCAUGUUCAUCCAGAGUACCCACCACACAAAGCCAUGGUACAAGCAAAGAAGUUCAGGGGUGUAAGGCAACGCCAAUGGGGCUCAUGGGUGUCAGAAAUUCGUCACCCAUUACUGAAGAGAAGGGUAUGGCUAGGUACAUUUGAGACAGCAGAGGCUGCAGCAAGGGCAUAUGACCAAGCAGCCAUUUUGAUGAGUGGUGAAAGGGCCAAGACCAAUUUCCCUCCACCAGUGAACCAGCCUCAAGGUGCUACUUCUGCUGCACCUUGUGUGGACUCUUUCUCAUCUCCCAAUAAUGUUAAUCUUUCUGAGGAUCUGAGAAGAAAGCUCAAGAGGUGCUGCAAAGACCCUUCUCCAUCCCUCACAUGUCUCAGGCUAGAUGCUGACAAUUCCCACAUUGGAGUGUGGCAAAAGGGUGCAGGGCCACACUCAGAUUCUAACUGGAUCAUAAGGGUGGAGCUUGGAAAGAAGCAUGAAGAGGGUGAGUCAAGUGUUUCAGCAGGGUCACCACCAAAAAGAGCUAGUAGUGAUUUUGAUGGUGAUGAAGAGGACAGAAUUGCCAUGCAGAUGAUUGAUGAGCUACUUAAUUGGAAUUACCCAUGUGGUUCAAGUAAUUAACAUUAUUUAGGAUUAAUAAAAACAGAAAGGAACUUUUCUUGUCAUAGUUA